AUGUCUUGUUGACCCUCAAAGAUGAUGAUGGCGUAUCAGAGGCUUCUGUGAUGGCGUUGUUAAUGGAUAUGAUCACUGCUGGAUUAGAAAGCUCCCAAAACGUGGCUGAAUUCUCCAUCGCCGAGUCGCUGAAUCAUCCGCAUAUCAUACAAAGGGCCCAGCAGGAACUUGACGCUGUUGUCGGGAGAAAGAGGCUUGUACGUGAAGAAGAUCUGGUAAAGCUGCCGUACGUGCAAGGAAUUGUCAAGGAAACACUGAGGAUGCAUCCACCGGGUCCUCUUGGGAUUCCUCACGCCAACCCAAAGCCUGUCAGUAUCGCUGGAUACACAGUGCCAGCCAACUGCAAAGUUCUCGUCAACAUGUGGGCCAUCGGACGAGAUCCGGCUUGCUGGGAUCGUGCUGAGGAGUUUCUGCCCGAGCGUUUUAUCAACUCAGAUUACGAUGUCGCCGGUAAUCACUUCCAUUUUAUACCGUUCUCGGCUGGGAGGAGGAUCUGUGUCGGUUACCCAUUGGCAAUGAGAUCUAUCCCUUUGGUUGUGGCAACUCUUCUCCACUCGUUUGAAUGGAAGCGACAGGAUGGAAAUAGCUUGGAGACUGCAAAGGGACUUCUCUCAAUCAAGCUUGCCUCCAAAAUCAAUCUCUCUGGCCAUCCCCGCUUGGACGAGUCGGCGUACUAUUAAUAAAGCAUGCUAAAAUUGAAGCAAAA